AUGCUGGUCAUCCUUUUCGCUAUCGUCUCGGCUGCGCCGACGUCGCUGGAAAAGCGAAUCAGUAGCUGCUACAAAAAGAAUGCCCGCCUCACACAGUACUGGAUACCCAAGGAGGGAGAAAAGGACAUGUUGAACAAUGGCCAAAAAGUGACCUUGACAGGGAAAAAGAACAAGAGCCUCAAAACGUCUUCUGGUAAGACCAUUGCAAAAGUUGCUGAAGUAACAUACGACAAAUUUCAAAUGGAAGGCACCGGGUUAUUGAAGAAUGGCAAGAUGGUGAAUCUCGGUGAAAGCAGCAGUGUUUUCAUGCAAGUGGACCGCAAAGAAUCACCUUAUGGACUUGGAAGUAAUGGUAAUGCUUUACAACCAUGGGUGAGCGUGGCUGCCAAUGAUAUCAAACGAGGCACCAAGCUGUACAUCAAGGAAUUUGAUGGACUCAAGCUUCCUGAUGGCAAGGUGCAUAACGGCUGUGUGCGUGUGGAUGAUCAAGGAUGGAGCUUUGAUGGUUGUCAGAUUGACUUUUUUGUGCUACAAUACUCGGCCUAUGUCUCCCUCAAAAAGAAGUUACCGGAUAACAUUCAUGCUACGGAAAAGAACUGCAAGAUCCUAAACUACGUGACCAAGUCGGUGGAAAAUUGGGCAGUUUUAUGA